AUGCCGAUCACCGGUGGUGGUAUUGGUGAUAAUGAUGAUGAUGACGAUGAUAAUGACGAUGGUGAUGAUGAUGACGGUGGUGAUGAUGAUGAUGAUGAUGAUAUAUUGAUCUUAUCGAUUAGAACCAAACUGAUCACCAAGUCUAACUAUUCCUUAGUGAGAUUGUAAACUGUUCUCUUACAGUAUUACAUUGUCCGAUGGUGUAAAACAGAUAACACUGAGUCCUAUUACUGCGGCUACUAUAGCUAUAACAGCAUCCGGGUCAACGAGACGACGAACUUCAAGUUGGCUGUUAUGGCAGGCAGCAAGUACUUCAUACGUGUCUAUGCUGUGACAGGUUAUGGUCAGGGUUCUUAUUCCUAUCUCCAAAAGACAGUACCACCGCUAAAUCUAAGAGUGAGCUAUGCUUACUCUUACAUGAGUGGAGCGGGGUAUGGAUUGCAGGUGUACGUGUACUGGUACCGCCCCUACCGGUUCAGAGGACAAAUGGUAAGUUAACAUUUUUCAAGGUAAUUUACACUCGUUUGUAUUUGUAUUUUAUUAUUCGCCACACAGAUAAAUGAUUACAAGAACAAAAAAGAUACAAAAAUGGAGAAACAAAUGGCGAGGGGCCCUAAAGCAAACGAACUUCCCCAAUGACAAUUACGAUGAAUAAAAAAAGUGAUGACGGAUAAAAUUACUUAUCAAAAGUGAAAGUAACAGUAUAAUAGGGAAAUUUCCAAAAUUUGAAUGUCAAACCGUUUUUUCCCUGAUUUUUGGAAGAAGGAAGGAAGGUACGAAGUUUCUAACCUUCUUAUGGCUAUGAAAAAGUCGAGGAAACGUUCUGGUUUUGUGAUUUAUUCAUGUCUUAAAGACAGGAGUUAAAAGGGGUUGCAAAGUUCUAAACACGUUAUGUGAAAGGGGUACUAUUUGUCAAUAGAAGGUAUACGAAAGGGGCACCUUUUCAAAUUUUCAAAAAUGGUAUAAAAGGGUAAGGGGUUGGUCCUCAGGACGGAGCCUCCCCCUCUCCCGGGAGACAGGGUUCUAGUGUUGACGUCAUUCGUUUAGCUUCAGUGUUGCUUAAAUGGAUCGCACAUUUUGGAGGAGUCUAGGAGUGGUCUGAAGACGAUGAAAGAGGAAAAACAUAAAGCCUUCAAAUAACGUCACGAUGACCUUUUGUUGUCGCGUUAAAUGUCGGAAUGACGACGGCCAAUAAACUGGAUAUCUUGUAAAGACCCAAAGGGAAAUUAAAACAUUUGGGACUUGUCUUUUCUCUGGCAGCAAUACGAAGUAAGAUGGCAAUGCGUUAGGAGCGGCUCUAGCAGCUGUUGGUAUAGUUCUUGGACCACACGUGUCGUCAAUUCAACAUAUACGUACGUAAAUGUGUCACGUUAUGGUACAGCGUACGAGUUUGAGAUAACCAUCAUCACAUCACAUGGCAGAGGUUUACCCAGAAAACUGUCCCAUUUUGUUGCACCGUUAAAUGGAAUACCCAGAAAUUUUUCCUGUAAGGUUGCAGGGGACAGCGUUUUUCUUACCUGCUACUGGUCCCCACCCACAGAUUUCAAUCCAGCUGCAUUUAAUGUAAGUAGCAAUGAGAGGAUUUAUGUCAAAAUAGGGUCAUUUAUACAAGAAAAAGUAAGACGCGUCCAAAAUAAGACGUAAACUUUCCCGUAUAAAACGAGCAUUUCGUCUGAAAUAAGACGCGACUAAGCUAAGUCGCGUCUUAUUUAGAAAAGACACGUCUUAUUUCAGAAGACGUGUGCCGUUUGUACGGGACAUUUUGCGCCUUAUUUUACCUCGUAUAAAUGGCCUUAAUGACGGUUUUGAGUUGUCAUUUAGUAACGCACAUAUUUGUCUUAAAAUUGUUAGAAACCGCAAAGUAUCGAUUAGUUUUGACUAAGCCCCAUUCACACCAAGGCUUUAACAUGUUUGAAAGCUGUUUAGUUGAAAACGGUUUAACGUUGCUUUCUUUAUAGACGCUCCUUGGUCUACUUCUCUUAUUGCCAAUUUGGUGCAACUACGUAUCGUGUUGAAUUUCAUUUUAACUCGGUGUAAAAGCCGUGUUCUAGUUUUCUGUAACUUUUUUUCAUUUUUUUAAACCUACUUUAUGCCCCAUUCCCACUUAAACAUGUCUUAAAGCUGUUUAGUUAAACACAGUUUAAAAUAGUUUCCUUCAUAAAAGCUGCUUACUGACUCAAGUUGAUUGCAAAUUUAGUGCAAAUUACAAAACAUGUUGAAGUUUCAUUUGAAUCCUUUGUAAAAACUUGGGUUCCAUUUUUCCCAUCUUUUUCUGGUUUUUAAAACCUGGUUUAUUUAAAAAAUGCUUAGUUGGUGUGAACGGGACGUAUGAUGAGUCCGAGUCUGAAAUGUCGAGCCCGUCUUUUACCCAGGGGCCAAUUUAGUAAAACUGUAAAACAAGUUUAAUUUACAAGUGUAGCUAUUGUUUUUAGACACUAAAACAGUGAGUUACACUUUAUUAAAUUGGCCCCAGAACUCCCGCAGUUUGUAAUGUUUAAAACACGAAUAGUAGUGAUUGGCGCUCGAAUCCAGUGAUAAAUCACGUGCUGUGAGUGCUUUUAACAGCUUCAAAAACGCCUCGGGGUUUUUAAUAAUCUCAAUAUGAUUGCUAAAUAAUGCAUUUUGCUUUUGAAAUGUGAUGAUCAGUCAGUGAGACAGGCGGCUCGGAAGAAAAUAUCCGACUACUGCCAAUAUUAUUAAUAGGAGUGGAACCUAUGACCUUCUGGUUUCUAGUCCACUUUUCGUUAGACUAGCAGCCAGAAGGUCAUAGAUUCGACUCCUAUUGACAGUAUAGUACUCCUUUGUUUUCAUCCGACUGUGUAACUGACUGAGAAAUCAUCUUUCUCAUGUAUUCGCCAGGCAUAAAAUUCCCCAUCUCAUUUCAAUCAUUGCGCAAACUUGUUUUCUUUGCAGUACUACUGGUUUCAGUACAAGUGCGAUGACUGUCAGUACAGUCAUUUCCAUUACAAACAAAUCUAUGGCCUAAAUACAACUUCCACUAAUGUCUCCGUGGGCAGGGGAGCGCAGUGGACUGCAAUGUUGCGUGUAUCGACAAUAUAUGGAUAUGGUAAAUACGCCCAGAUAACAUUGGUUACAACGGCCGUGGUGAAUCCAGUUUUAGAUUUGAACGUCAAAUUAGUAGGCAACACAAAAAACGUUGUUCAUCUCUCAUGGAAAGCACCGUCAACUACUAGUGAUAAUAAGGUGAGAAACAUUGAACUCUUAUCGCCCUAUGUAAAGGAAUCUGGAUUUCAGAAUUUGGGAAAUUUUUGAUUAUGGAAUCCGGAAUCCUAGCUAGGGACGUUUCGUUUUCCUGUGAAACGUCCCUAGCGGCGAGGAGUGACAAGAGUCAGCUAUACACAGGCUAACUUCGCUUUAGGGGUAUUGAUAAUUAGGGAUAAUUAAGUCAUAAAGUGAUUUGCUAUACCGCGCGACAAAGGCAUUAGUCACGUAGAGGUUAAUAUUUUGCGGGUAACAGUGCUGUGUUACCGUUUGGCAUCAUAGUAUGUGCAAUGUUAUCAUUUGCCACUUUAGAAGCGAGAAGGAAACUGGACCGAGUUGACUAUCUCAAAGACUUCUGAGACUGUUAUUAGAGGCAGCGAAAAAAAAAACUGCCUGGCCGUAGCAGACCGGCGCGUCCCGAGUAACGAUUCCGGAAUAAAUUGUGGAACGCAAUUUGUAGGUAGCAUUGAUUUCUGUAAUUAACUGUAAGCAGUUAGCUAUUACGAAGACACGAUUGUCCUCUACAUAUGUAGUAGUAUUACACGGACUUUGUCAUGGCUGUCUUUUGUGUUCUCUAUAACACGCGCUACAGAAAAAAAAAAGAACAAAAAAAUUAUAAUAAUAAUUUGCCCAGCAAUUUUUGGUGAGGGGAAAGCCCCGAAUUAAUGUCAAUUAUCUGAAUACUUACCAAAAAAUGAAGCGAAAUGACAGUUAAAAAUAAGUGUCUCUUAGUCGCAUUUCGAAUGAUCUUAUACGCAAAUGUCUUCUUACAUUUCUCUUUUACUGUGAUUUUCGGUCCAAUUAAACUCUCCAUGCAUCUUUCCGUUGUAAUUUCUCGAUAUUGUAGUGCACUGACUGCCAAAACAAGUGAUCCCCAGGGCUUAUUCUAUUCGUUCCCAUUCCGGAAUACGGUCAAUCACACGCGCCUUAUAAAAUGCACAAGAUAAAACAAAUAUUUUACUGUGCUUAUAAAACAAAUGCAUUUUAUUUGAAUGCCGAUGUAUUUAGCACGAAAAUACUAAUUGUGGGACCGCCGUGGUCAUGCGAGCCACUCGAAGGUCUAGCCGCUUGCAUUGCAAAGGUAGUACCUUACUUUUUCAGUUAUUUAAAGACCUUGAAUAUUGGUUCGGCCCCGGUAAUCGAACCCGCGUCCUACCGCUCUGCAGUCAAGCGCUUUACCGACUAAGCUAAUUCUGCCGCGGUGGUGGUUGUAUAACUAGUAUGUGAUUGUCUCUUUCUUUGCUUAUUCCUCCAGAACUAUUUGGUUAUCACUAAACGUCACCGCUACAGUUUUAAUACCAUCAGAAAUAUUACUUCUGACACAAACCUUAACCUAACUCUCCCUUGUGGUAACACGUACGAUUUCACGGUCAAAGCGCAAACAAAACGUAGUACUAGUGCGGACAGCAAGGUCUCUCUUGAAAUAAAGCCUUCAGUUAAGGCAGUCACUAACCUGGCGGUUAGCUUCAUUGGUGGGGAAGACGCAACCAGCACAGAUUGGACAAAAGAACGUGAGAAGGGUUUUCUGUUGAGAUGGAAUGCUCCACCUGAUGUAAAGGCUGCUGAUAUUAAGGUAAGAGAUUAGCUGCGAACCUUUGGAGACGUUCUGCUCUUUGACCUAAUUAGGAUCUCAUGCACACUCACUCACUUUUGUGCCGCAAUGUUGUUAAUUGUUAAGGGUUGGGUGAGAACUGGAGACGUAGAGCCAUAGUGGACGUUGCUUGGUAUGUAAAUAGCUCGAAUUUUUCCUCGGAAUUCCUAACGUUAACUGGCUAACUGAAUAGCGAACGUGCUUGACUACCAAGAAUGUUAUGGACUGGUAGUAAUCUCUCCAUUUCUUUCCCCGCACGUACUGGGUGCUUUCCAUUUACCAACAAAUUUCGGAAAUUCCAGUUUGGGUUUAAAUGAAGCAGGGGUUUUCGAGCCUUUCCAUUGGACUGGGAUAGCAUCAGAACGACUGAAAUGGUAGUCCUGUUUUGCGGACGGAAUGUUCCAAACUUAAAUUCGUGUUCCAGUUGUUUAAACCCGUCUUUGGUACCGGUUUCAGACUUUCUCGUCUGUUUUUCGGUAAAUGAACUGAUUUACGCAAACAAUAAUAGGUCAGUGUAUGACCUAUUUGGCUUAUUUUUACCCCAGUUGUUUAUUUAUUUUAUUUAUUUUCAAUUUGUAUUUUAUUUUAGUACUACGAAAUAAUAGUAACAAACCUAAGAACAGGAGAGCUUGUUAAUCAUACGGAAACGGGCGCAAAAGCAACGAGUUGGACAAUAAAACGGAAGGACCACGAAGAAGACCUUCAGCCGGGUGAAAAAUAUGUCUUCUACGUUCGCUGCAAUGCUUUAUGUGGUUUUGGAUCGAGCAGUGCCCAAGUUGGAUUAUAUUAUAGUGGGUAUUGCUCUUUCUUUUCGUGAAUUUUUAUUCAUGAGACUUAACUGAUCGCAGUGCCCCAUACGCUAGGUUCGAAUUAUUGAAAUUCAUACUUGGUAUUGAGGCAAAGGGAUUUUACAAUGGAACUUCUAUUUAAGGGACACCCUUAAUUUUCAGGACCGAGGCAGGUCUCCCCUGAAUGAAGAUUAGGCUGAGGUUUGUUAAUAAAGGAAAUAUAUAUUUUUUAUUCUGCCUCAGAAUCUGCUGCAGUUUAAGCAGCUACAUAAUGCAAAAUAUGCGAUAUUGUGUGUUGAAUUUCCACAGGUGCAGAAAGUUGAUUUAAGUGAGAUAGUGAUUAGUGUACUUUUAGAGGUGUCAACCCUAUUUGUUGUCGGUCAAGUUUUAAAUGCUAAUGUGUCCCCUGAAUAG